AUGAAGAGGCGGGUGUGUGUGAAUCGCACUGAGAAGGAGAAGCUUGCGCUUCUUAGGCGCUGGAAAGUAGAUAACCCAGAUUGGACUCUAGAAGAAGCCGCUGUCGAGCAUGAGGUCAAGGAAUCGACUUUGAGAGGCUGGGUGAAACGCUACUGGGAUGUUUGUGACGAAGAGGUUGGCUCAGAUCGCAAGCGCAACGAAGGCGGAGGACGAAAACACAAGAUGAAGCCGUACGAAUGGAGAGUAAUCGAAUACCUUGAUGAGCUUAUGGAGGACAACUGGACGUUUGACGAUCAAAACUCUGUUGAUUGUGGAAUUUAUCUGCUCUACUUCAUCGAAAAGAUAUCCACAGCGAUUAUGAAAGAUCGCCCGCAUACGCCACGUGGAUCAAUGGAUAAGUUGUGCUCCGACAAAUUCAAUGUCGAAAACUACCGUGCGCUUCUACAUCAGCGUAUUAUCCGCGCGGCCAACGUAGCAAAUAAGAAGAGUAAAAUCCUAUAA